GCGUAGGUCUCAUAGUUUAUUGAGUGAUCCUGAGGUCGACAGUUCGAGCCUCUCUCCCCCCACAACAAAAAACCUCUUGCCUUUUGUAAGACAAUUUUAUCUUGUCGUUCUUUGUUACGCCGCGAUGGUGUGAGGGGGCGGCUAAAGGAGCUCCGACAUGUUCGAGCAAUAGCUUUGUCUGCAAUGGAGUUCUCGUGCGUGCCCUGACGAAUUCUCAGGCAAGCCCUUAUCUGCAGUUUAAUUUGUUUGAUGAGUAUUUAUGGCCAGUAGAGUCACAGCAUCAAUCAAAUUUCAAGAUAUUGCCAUAACAGGCAAUGUAUCCAAAGCUAUUGUAGAAGAAAAGCAAACUACUAAGCUUUGUGAGCACAAGGUCACGGUUUCUAAAUCAAAGAGCGUGAACGUAAAGAUGCAAAGCGGAGAGGUACAAAAAAGGUCCCCGUUAAAGGAAGUGGUCACAGAUUGCACAAAGCGCUGGUUUCAAGAGAGUCUGAAGGAAGCAAAAUCAGGUGACGUAGGAUUGCAAAUUCUUGUUGGGCAGAUGUAUUGCAGUGGCUAUGGUAUACCCCCAGACAUAAAAAAGGGAAAAUCAUGGUUUCAGAAAGCUUCAAAAUCUAGAUCAAAAAUAUUAAGUUUGUGCGCCAAGCCACCAGGUUACAGUCGAAGUGAUUCGGAUUCUGAUAAUCAGGAGAAUGAGCAGAAGUAGCUAAAGGCAUAUGCAUAUGUCCAUGUCCAAAAGCCCAUUAUGCCUUUGUCGUGCUGAAUAUGCAGUUAAAGCUUUUAGAGGGGACUCUUGUUAUUAUGUUAUGAAUAAUUGUUUGCUUGUGUUCUUACCACACUUGUGUAAGUUGUUGGGGUCUAGGUAAUUGUAGUCUGGAUCUCUGGACGACAUUAAUAAGUAAAGGGAAACUGAUGGGCUUGCCGGUUUUGUGUCUGUAUUUUUUGGGGUUGUUAUUGAUGCAUCACAUCCCACCAUAGUUUUUGAGGGUCCUAGGAAACUGAUUGUUGGAAAUUAAUUCAAAUUAAUUUUGAAGACUAAUCGGAAUGUACUUAGCUAUUAAUUUUAACGUAAUCUUGGGAGAAAAUGUUAUUGA